AUGACGAAGGCUAGCAAAGCUACUAAGAAAAAGCAUCAGCUAGAUGCUGAGGGCGAGAAGAAGCGCGCUGCAGAUGAGGCUCAUUAUGCACGUGAGUUCAACAAGCAGCUCAAAGAGAAGAGCAAAUUGAUGCAGCAGAAGCAGAAGGCUAAGACGGUUGUAUUCACUAUUCCUGAGGAGCCUUCUGCUGAGCAGGAGUGCGAGGGGGAGGAUGGGGUUGUGAAGGCGACCUCUGGCCGGCCUCAGCGAAUGCGCAACCCCCCCAAAUGGCACGACGACUCCGUGGUGGUUAUAGAAUGA